AUUAUUAUCUGUGGCUGGAGAAUCGAUAUCACUUCGAUGUCCCAAGCACAGUCAGUAAACGUCAAAAUGUCAAACAAUCACGCUAUAAUGUCGGAAGCUGAAUUAUUUACAGUAUCACUAAUAGAAGCGGUUAAAAAACGGCCCGUUCUAUACGACGCUAAUCAUGAAGGAGGCGGCAAUAAAAAUAACAUGGAAAAGUACACUGCAUGGAGUGAUAUCGCUUCUGAGCUACACGAAAAUGAAAGUUUAGUGAAAAAACGAUGGAAAGGCCUCAAAGAAUGCUACGUCAAGUAUAAGAAAUCAAGAAGCUCAAGAUAUUGUAAUUCCACUUACGAUCAAUAUAGGAAUUGGCGGUGGGCAAGUUAUUUAGAAUUCAUGGAUCCUCAUUUAAAAGGCCUACGUAAUGUGGAAGACAGCUCUCUCAAUGUUGAAGAUUAUAUAUAUGAGGAAGAAAGUUCUAAAGAGGAAGAAAAUGAAAAAAAUAUAUUUGACGAUUGCGAAAGUAACAAUGGUACGGAAUGCGAUGCUGUUUCACCAAAAAAGUCACCAAGUUUAAACAUUCAACAAGUUAAUACCGUGGAACCGAUAGAUGACAUUCAUUAUCUAUUUUUAAGUUACGCCGAGACUUUAAGGAAAUUACCAGCAAAAAAACAAAUCCUGAUUAAAUUGGAAAUGGCAAAACUAUUUUCUAAAGCUGAAAUGGAAAGCCUGGAUGAUAAAGACAUUUUUAACUCAUAAUUUCCUCAGAUAUUCGUUACUGGUUUAAGUAUGUACCUAUUUCUAAAGAAUACGUUGUUUAUAUAGUCAGAUUCCAAUUCUAUGUUUUAAUAUUAAAAAAAAAAA